GUUGAAGUGAGGGCGCACAGCCGGGCAUCUGUCUGUAAUCGAGGCGUUUACCUGGAAUUUACCCGAAACCCCAUUUGUUCAAACGUCGAUGCGUUAACGGAUGUAGUUGACGGUAAAACACACAAAAAGACUGAUUCGAGAAAAAAAAGUGCGAUUUUUUAUAAACUGGGUGCAUCCUUCUUGGCUUUUAACAUCGCUAGAGGAGUAAAGGACUAAACAGUUAAUGUGCAGAAAAAAAGUUUUUCUCGUGUCACAGGUUUUAGAGCUUCUUGACUGGUGUUUCGAAACAGAUUUAAACCAUUUUCUCUCGCAAAGCUGAAAAUGUCUCCAGAGUUCCUGUUUUCUGCAAUAAUUUGGUGCUUGGCAGGUGAGUUGCAAACCUAAUGUCCCCCUUCUUCCUCUCCUCAAACCCACCGCCAUGUCUGGUAUGUCUUUGUCCACUCUUAAAAACAUACAAAGAGCUCACUUUGCCACUCAAACAUUACGCCUUGUGUGUGUCAUAGUUUAUAGUUUGCAGGUCUCUCAGUCAAUUUACAGCAGAAUUGUCAAUUUUGUUUACACUCAGGUGUGUCAGUUUCCCACGCCCAAAAAUGUGGCCGAGCUCCGUUGGUGGAGAAUCGGAUAGUUGGAGGGAAGGACUCCGCAGAGGGGACCUGGCCGUGGCAGGUGGAUAUAACGAUACAGGUAACAAUCAUCUCCUGCAGAUAUUUUCUUCUUCCUCUUCUUCUCCAGUCUCUGUUCCGCCUGUGGGUAGUUAUAUGUAUGGGUUAGUCCAGGUCUUGUUUAUCAGACUGACCUGCUGAUAGAGGGCUUUGGCUGUGAUGCUGAGGUGACUCACUCCUUCUCUCCCCUCGGCCUCCAGACAGACUCAAGUCGUCAUAUCUGCGGAGGCUCCAUCAUCACAAGGAACUGGGUCCUUUCAGCCGCUCACUGUUUCCCCAAGUAAGGAAAAUCUUUUCAGUGCAAUUCAGACACACUGUCACCAACUCAAGGUCCAGAUAAUUGAAUAAAUGGGAGCUCAAAAAUGCCCCCUUUCACAAAAAAUAACAACCCACUGUUGUGGAAAAUCCAGCAUAAACUUAGUAAAACAAUGGACAGUAGGUAGGACGAGAUCUGAAGAACAGCCUGGGCGUCUUUUAUUGUACAGAUGUAGAAAUCAGUACGGGUGACAAACGGUUUUGACCAAGACCGAGAAAAGCCUCCCUAAGCUAUUCUUCUUCUCCCUUUUUUACUGACCAAGUGUAUCUGAAUACCGUGAUUGUGUACUGCGCGCGCACGUGUGUGUGCGUGCGCAUGAGUUUCAUGAUAUUCAUAUACAGUACAUAUACAUAUACAUAUAUCAUGAUAUACCCAUCAUCAUGGGUAUAUCAUAUCAAUUCUCCAGAAGGCUACCCGUGAUGAUGUGUCUGACCCUCAACACGUUGUUUAGACUAGUCUUAACUCUCACAGAGAUUAAAUGUUCUGACAGACAGAUAGUUUUGGUCCCUGCAAAACAGCCUUGCUUACAACCUUGCUUACAAGGCUGCAUGAGCAGGCCGACCUAGAUUAUUUGUAACUCCUUACUAAAAGACAAUUACUCUAUAUUUCUUAACCUAAAUGUAUGAAAUGAUUCUAAUACACUACUUUAAGGGGAAACUUUAACAGUGUCUCCAGAGCUGGAAUUUACAGUGCUGAAAUUAUAUUGGGGUUAUUGGUAAUGGUUAAUGCAGCUCAGUAUAGCUCUUUAGUCAAAUGUUAUUUUCAAGGAGAAAUCUUCUGUGCCACUUUGGGAAACCGACCUUCAUUAAACUUAUUAUACAUGUAGAUGUGUGAGUGCAAAUACAGCCUCUGUUAUCAUAGAGCAUCAUGACUGGUAAAAGCCUUGGGUGAAGACAGUCAACAUAUGCUCCUUGUAGGUCUAGGCGAUAAAACAAUAAUGAUAUAUAUCGAAAAUUAAUUUCCUUCGAUAUCGAUAUGAAACAUGGUCAGUAUACUUUAAGAUAGCCAGCAAUAAACUAUAUGAAUAGCCAAUAAAAAGGGGAGUUCCUCCGGGUAUGCUUUGCGCUGAACCAAUCAUUUGCUGAAUUAGAACCAAGUGGCAAACAACUGAGAUGUAGCAGGCUGCAGCUACACUCAACCAUAGCAUUUUAACAUGUGAAGCCGACAGCACUGUCGGUGGGGAAGAAAGAAAAUGAGUGCUACCCCUCUCAGAAAUGCAGAUGAAGGCUCAAUAGAUGAUGACAUCGUCAACAACACUGGCACGAAAACGUCGGUGGUGUGGAGGUAUUUUGGUUUUUUGAGGUCAGAAAUGAAGCAGAGUCAAUGUUAAAUUUUAUUUAAAAGUAACAGGGAUCAUUUAGAUUGACAAGCAUUUUUUUUAUAUCGUGAUACAUAUCGGUAUUGACUGAUAUAGAAAAAUAUAUUGUGAUAAAUUUUUUCCUAUAUCGCCCAGCCCUAGCUCCUUGUGUUAAACAUUGAUGGAUACAAACUGUAACUUAUCCAAAAUAAUUUCCUUCACAAUAGGAAAAGACUGGACUAUUUUAAGGAGCAGUUGCUUGGCACAAAUCCUUUCAGUGCCCAUUGUAACAGUAAAAUAGCAGUUUCACGUUUCCAGUAUAUCAGGUUUUCAUUCAUCUCCUUUCAGUCCAUCAGAUGUGGGUUCAUACGUGAUCUAUGCCGGCCGAUACCAGUUGAAUGGUUUUAACUUCCACGAGACAUCACAUUAUGUGAGGCGGGUCGUGGUUCCAAGCGGCUAUGUGGAGCCUCACAGUGGGAAAGAUCUGGCACUGGUGGAGCUGUCCACCCCAGUCACCUGGUCAGAUCACGUCUUUCCUGUGUGCUUACCUGCCUCUGGCACCCUGUUCCCAGGUGGCAUGCUGUGUUACGUCACCGGCUGGGGGAACAUCCUUGAUGAAGGUAAGCUCACCAAGGGUUAACCCUUUUCACACUAAUAAUAAGGGAUUGAAAAACAAGUACUAAAUACUGGCACCACAUGUAGGUUCAGGUGUCCAAAUAGUGUACAGCAGAGAGUAAUAAAUUUUAGAUGACCCUCUCUUCCCUAUAGAUAUCAUUUACUGAACAGAUGGGUCAUAGAGGCCCAUCCAUUGAGACCAAGAAAUAAUCAUUGCUGGCUUGUGUCUAAUAAUGUUCUUGCAAAUUGGCUUUUAGAGGUUUGUUUUAUCCUGAUAUGAUAAGACUGUCUCUAAAUGUUUUCACAGUUAAUCAUAUUUAUCAAGUCUCUCUUUUUUUUCCAACAUGUCUACAAGUCUGUUAUGUGCACAUGAUUGAAUCCCUGAAUGCUUUUGUAAUUGUUUGUCUUUUAACAUUCAGUCACUAACUCAAAUAAAGUUCAAUAAUUGUCAGAAUAUUGAUUUCAACCCAAUUUUCUUGUUCUUGAAGCUUUCAUUUUCAAAGACUAGUGCAUUGUGUGUACUUUGUCUCAUGUCUUUAGCAUAUCUGACUGCAGUGCAACAUUAUCAGACUACAGAUUUGAAACUAAGACACAAUGCUCCCUGACACAAUGACAGUUUUUCACUGGCACUUGUACUUUUAUUCAUUUGCAUUUCAGAAACACCUGGUGCUUCAGGAUGACACUUAGUGUGUGCAUCUUAGUGCAAAAGGAGCAUUGUUUUGCUCCUUCUUGCAUCACUUGUGCUUUGCUAACAUUGUACAAAGCAAGUUUGCUUUGCUGUCUGUUUCUAGCUCUUCAAAAUACUUUAUACAGCUGGGCUUAAGAGUUGUUGGUGCAUAGGCCAAGUUAUUGUGUGGAUAAUUAAUGCAUCUCCAUCUUGGCCAUGAGUAUGAAAGGAAAGUUUUUAUAUCUGCUGAUACUGAUAUUUGACUUUCACUGUUUAAUUUUCCAUCAACAAUACUUUUUAAAGUAAUAUUUUUGGCAUUUUGCCUUUGUAAGAUUGGACAGUUAAUUAGAGACCGGGAAUCUAGGGUGUAAAGAGUGAGGGAGGACAUAGGACAUAGGCCCUGACAUGAAAAUCUACUUUUUAGAUUGGGAACAAUUGAACAAACUGAUGCAAAUCUCUGAGAAUCUGAAAUUUGCAUAGUAAACAGGUGCUGCACCACAGACCUUAACAGGUCAAAGUAAGAUAUGACAUAAUUUACAUGUUCAUUGAAAGAUGAAAAUCUCCCAAAGCGAAUCAAAUCAUUUGCAUUCAGAAAAAACAUAACGGAAAAAAGACUAGCCAACAUUGGAGUAGGGAAAUUAAACUUAAAACACUGUAAAGAUGUCAGUAUUAACUUUUGUUACUGAAGUUAUACACUAAAAUUGACAAGAAAGUCACUUUUCCUAUUAGCAGUUGGAACAGUAAAAAUGAAUUGGCUGUGGGGUUGUUUUUUAAUCAAAAUUAAAACUUAUCCUUCUGACCUUGUGAUCGUUCUUUUUUUUUGCCCCCCUUAGUCCCUUUGCCUGGAGCUGGAACUCUGCAGGAAGUGCAGGUGCCAAUCAUUUCCCAGAGUUCAUGCCAGGAAAUGUACAGGACACACCCAACAGAGCGUGUGGACAUUCUCCAUGACAUGAUCUGUGCCGGAUACCAGGAAGGGGGCAAGGACUCCUGCCAGGUACUGUAGGUUUAGCUGUUUGUACUGCUGUUAAAAUUCACAAAAUCAGAUGAAGACAACAUGUCCCAUUACUUCUCUACUGUGAGCUCUUUAAUACCUCCCACUGGUGAAACCUGAAUAUGUCUUCUCAGGGGGAUUCAGGAGGGCCGCUGGUCUGCCAGAUGGUGAACGGGACCUGGGUACAGGCCGGGGUUGUUAGCUUUGGACUUGGCUGUGCUCACUCAAACCAGCCAGGUGUGUAUGCCAGAGUGACCAGCUACUCCAGUUUUAUUAGCGAUACAAUACCAGAGGUCCAGCUGUACGGUCGAGCAGAUCAGAACUUUUACGGGAGAGCGGCUGUGUUCAUCAGCUGUCUGUCCUCUCUACUGAUCCAGCUCCAGAGAUGAGAUGACAUGAAGUCGGGCAUCUGGAAAGUAUAUUCCGCACAGGGCAAAAUGAAGGAGCACAUACAUUAUGUUUAACUUAAGUCCAAAGUUUGCCUGAGUAAAAACUUAUAGAUCUGUACCUGACAUGCAUAUGGAGCCAUAAUGAACAUGAACAGUAGUAUGGUUUUUAAUUUUAGAACUACAACUAUGCAUUACGAUCUUUGAUUCAGAGUAGCUUUGAUAGGUUUGUAUUUUAAAUCAAAUUAUGAGAUAAAUAAGUAAUGGGUUCUUUGAAAUAAAUUGUUAAUCUAAGUUGUGAAAUUAGGUCAGUGCUCAGUUCAACUUGUGACAGCUGAGUUUUGAAAAGUGGAUCAACAAUUGUCUUUUUUUUUUACUUGGACCAAAGCUUCAUUUGUACCCCUUCAGAGCAUUUUAUUCCUGCUGCUGACACAGCC